GCCUGCGAGUAGUGUGCUAGCGGUUAGUGUGAUCCGACGGUGCGUUAAUUUGUCACAAAAUUCAACUUCCAAAAAGAAAUUCAACACUGCCCGCAGUAACGGGAGGCGGCGUUACCGUGACCUCCGUCGCCGGUCGAUUAUUUGUCCUUCAGCUGUUUUGUAUUCGGGCAGCCGGAGUUGGAUCGGGAUCGACACAGAUUUGACAGUUAGGGGGGUGUCGUUAUUAGCUAACAUUAGCUAACUUCUCACUACAUAUCAGCUGCCUCAGCGCUGUAUGUGCGGCAAUAACAUGUCAGCGCCUUUACCUGCCAUUGUGCCUGCUGCCCGGAAAGCCACCGCAGCGGUCAUAUUUCUGCAUGGCCUUGGUGACACUGGGCAUGGCUGGGCUGAAGCUUUUGCAGGCACCAGGAUACCACAUGUGAAAUACAUAUGCCCACAUGCUCCCACUAUGCCUGUUUCUCUCAACAUGAGGAUGUCUAUGCCUUCUUGGUUCGAUAUAUAUGGGUUGAGCCCAGACGCAGAUGAAGACGAGGCCGGUAUUAAGAGAGCAUCAGAGAACAUUAAAGCCUUGAUAGACCAAGAAGUGAAAAACGGGAUUCCUUCGCACAGAAUUAUCCUGGGUGGAUUUUCACAGGGUGGAGCGUUGUCUCUGUACACAGCUCUGACUACUCAGCAGAAGCUCGGCGGUGUGGUCGCUCUGAGCUGCUGGCUUCCUCUCCGCAAGUCCUUCCCUCAGGCGUCUGCCAACAGUGCUAACAAGGACAUGCAUGUCCUCCAGUGCCACGGGGAUGCCGACCCCCUGGUCCCCUUUAUAUUUGGCAGCCAGACAUCAGAGAAGAUGAAAAGCCUCGUCAAUCCUGCAAACGUCACCUUCAAGUCGUACCGGGGUCUACCUCACAGCGCCUGUCCGGAGGAAAUGGUGGACAUCAAGCGGUUCAUAGAGAAGCAGCUUCCUCCCAUCAGCGACGAAUGAACCCCAAGAGAGUCGGCUCACCCGCACAGCACCGACGGUCCUUCAGGCUUGACUCCAGUGAGACUCCUUGGAUUCGAGGACCACUGACUUACUUGACAAUAAAACCACGCUGCUACUCAUAGAUCCAGACAGGACUGGGGCUGCUAACGCGUUAAGCCCGGGAGAAGCAUGAGUGAACCGAUGCUGCAUCCUGACCUGGAGCCACUCACACUCACAGUGUUACAGUAGAGUAACAUUAGUUGCUUGAUUGUGAAGCUAUUUGCCAUUGAGACAAGCCAUUUCUUGCAGGAAACGUAUGUAUUAUAAUAACUAGGGCUACACAUUACGGUUUAAUACCUACUGUCUCACAAUAAAUGGCCUGUUGUUAAAUGUUUUUUUCCCCCCAUUAAUGUAACUCGUGUGGCGUAGUGAUGAAAUAAGUCUAUUAGUUGAUAAAUUAACGCAUUUAAUUAAGGCAUUCUAUCAAGCAAAACCGCCAAAUAUCUGUUGCUUCCAGCUUCUUAAAUUUAAGUAUUUGCUGUUUUGUUUUGUUUUAAAUGAAUGUAAAUAUAUUUUGGGUUUGUUGAUGAACAAAAUAGACAUAAGUUCGGUACUUUUCAGUAUUUUUAACAUCUUACAGAGAAAACAGUGACUCUAAAGAAGGAAAUAAUUGCUUCUGGCUGCCCUAUGAGCAGGAUAUUUCUCUCAACAAACCUCAAAAGCAUUUUCAAACAAAGCACAUAUGCAGCUUAAUAUGCAAUCCACACGUCUAAUGAGGAACUUUUAACUUAAGAAAGCAAAGAAUAUUCUGUGAAUGUUCACGACACGCGACGGCCAAAACAACAUGUGAUUGUGCUUUAUUUAAUUUGUGAGAAUUCAAAUAGCUAUUUCACACAAAUUCCUUUUUAAAUACACAAAUAUAAUCAGUG